AAUAAUCCAUUCGCUGUUUAAAUGAUUUAGCGAGCAGAAACGCGUCUCGCAUGUCAAGAUUUGCAGCUUUUCUGUUUUAUCAAUGAUUUCAAUACUUUUAUUUAGUUUUAACAAACAAGUUUCCCAAAGACGUUGUGUUUUCCCCACUAUUUUGCCUAUUUUUUACUGAAGUUUUAAUCGACUAAACAACUUAUUAAGAAGAAAAGAAUCUGCAGAUGUUCAAGAUAAAGACGACCAUUUCCUUAAAGCUGUUACUGAGCAUUAACCCCUCAUUCUUGUGAUUUUUUUUUUUUUUCCCUUUAGGUACUCGUUUACUACACACUUUAUAUUAAAUUUGCUUUAUUAACUGAUGAGUGAUGGGACAUACGAUUUAUGGGGCAUUCCAUAUCUUUAAAAAACACUAAAUACUCACUGUGAACUUGGUGUUUUACUGCAGCGUUAUGUAAAAAGUGGCAUUGUGUGUGAUUUGGCACCCCCCACAGUGCAACUCCACUGUCAUAAAUACAGAUCCCGGGUUUGUAACAAUUAUACAUUUUUACAUGUAAGUUAUUUUAAGGUAAAAAAUGUACAUAAUGUGGCUUUAAUAUGGCAUUUUUCAGCUUUAAAAACAAGAUAAUUGCUGCAAACUUGGUCUUUUAAUGAAGAAAAUGUGUUUUGAUAUUGUGGCUGUGAUCUUUCUCCACUAGGUGGCAGCAGUGACUCAAGUUAAAAUCUGAGUUCCAGCUCUUCUCCAGGGUUUUAAAGGUGGAAGCAGUGCAGUUGUCACUGACGUACAAGCAGUGAUUGGUUUGUGAUUUAAGGAAGUCCUCUCAGAGUGUGUUUCUUGUUCGGUAGGGUCAAACUGCAGGCAGCAAAACCUGUUCAGUUUGGUGAUUGCUGGAUCUGAUGAUGCAACAUGGUGAAGAAUCUGUUGCCAGUUCUGCUGGUUAUUUGUCUACUACACUGCAGUCGAGGUAAACACUUGCUUCGCUUUAUCACCUUCUGCCAACAGAACGUGACUGGAGAAGGCCAAGAUGACAUUGAAUUUGACGGUGAUCAGCUCCUGUACAUUGACCCUGUCACCUAUCAGCCAGUCCAACGCCUGCCCGAGUUUGCAAAGCAGUGGACUCCGGAUCCUGGACUCUCUGAGGACGCGUACGUGGACCUCGGUACCUGCCACUACAACAUCCCAAUUUGCACGAAGAGAGGAAAUAAUACUCCACAGGCCAUAGCCAGCCCCACCUCCCUGAUCUACUCCAAACAGGAGAUGGAACUAGGGGUUCCCAACACCCUCAUCUGCUUCGUCAACGACUUCCAUCCGCCUGAAGUCCAGAUCACCUGGACCAGGAACGGGCAGCUGGUCGACCAGAGCGAUGUCAGCCAGACUCAGUACUACUCCAACAGCGACUUCAGCUUCCGCAUCUCGUCCUACCUGGACUUCACUCCUCAGCAGGGCGACAUCUACUCCUGCAGCGUGGGCCACAUCAGCCUGAGGGCGCCUCUCAACAAGUUCUGGGAGGUGGAGGUACACACGGACCAGCAGGUUGUGGAGACGGCGGUGUGUGUUUGUGGUGUGAUCCUGGGCCUGAUUGGAGUUGUCACAGGAGUCUGGUUCAUCACGAAAGCCAACAAGUCCCGUCGGGCGUGACGCACAUCAAGACCAACACCUGAAUUUCGAUGUCAGACGUGUGAUCGACUUUAUCUUUUUCUUCCCAGGUGUUUUUUCCUCUGGGAGUGAGACGGAGGGAGAAUGCUUUAUGUUGUCUGCGCUGUUUUUAAAAAAAAAAAAAAAAAGGUUUCUGCAACCACACUGAGUCCAAACAUGAACUAAAAUACCAUCAGUUAGAGAAACAGUGUGACAAUUUGGCAAAUAUUAUAUUUUGCAUUCCGACACUGUCGCAUGUGUUGUGAUUAUAAGGCUACAGCCAGAGGAUGCUUAGCUUAGCUUAGCUUUAGACAGGAGUUUAAGGAAUCGAACAGCGUGACUCUGUCCAACAAUAACACAAUCCACUGACCAACACCUCUAAAUAAGAAAAGACAUAUUCUGACACAUACUGUGAGUGUAGACUGAGGGUAGAUGCAGGCUUUCUUCUGUGUGGUGACUCCUACAUGAAACUGCUCAUGCAAUCUGUGAUUUAUCUCGAGCAACUGGGUCAGGAUUUCUGGAAAGAGACAUUGCUGCUGAAUUCUUUUAAUGAAUUUUUCAAGCUGAGUGCCUUCAAGUUUGAUUAUAUUCGAGAAGAGGGAGACACCUUCGCGGACGAUAUCUCCAAAGCUCUCCCCCAAAUAAAAGGUGUUUUUGAUUUAUGGGGUGACCACUUUCUUUUGUUUUACAGUGAAAUAUUUUUAAUCCAGUAAAAUGUAUUUAAUAAAUAUGCUAAAUAUACAAUUCAGAGGCUUUCCCCCCUGUUUUACCACAGGUCUGUGGCUUAUUGUGUUUGUCAUGUGCAAAUAACUCUCUGGAAGGGAAGUUAGAUACUAUCUGUUCCUGUUAGUUGGAUUGCAAAACACAUUAAA